AUGCAGUCGUUCUCAAAGCUUCUUCGCGCAGUUCUCCUCGCCACCGUCACGGUGACCUCUGUAUCGGCUUCGAGUUUCUUUAGGAUGCCCCUGACGAAGCUCACGCCUCCUAGCUUAUCCCUUGCAGGACUGCCCGAUGCUGAUCGUGCACGUGCAGCAGUUCUUAAGGGCUUCGCUUCAGGUGGUCCCACAACAGUCCCUGCAUCUAACCUCGCAUAUGUCCAGUACACAACCAGUGUUGGCGUUGGCAGUCCUCCGACGUACUACAAUUUGGUUGUCGACACCGGUAGCUCAAAUACUUUUGUCGGAACUGGGACGCCGUAUGUCCGGACCUCGACCAGUAUCUUCACUGGUGAAGAUGUCAACGUUACUUACGGCUCUGGUUACUUUUCUGGUUUGGAGUAUCUCGACCAGGUAACGCUCGCUCCAGGUUUUGCCAUCACAAACCAGUCCAUCGGCGAUGCUCUUUCCUAUGCCGACUUCGAGGGCGUCGAUGGCAUCGUCGGGGUCGGACCUGUCAUUCUGACUGAGGGCACACUCUCACCAAGUACCAAUGAGCUGAUUCCCACUGUUAUGAACAACGCCCUCUCGCAGGGUUUGAUCACAGAGGAAAUAUUAGGUGUCUCUUUCGCACCUGCAACGAGUUACAAUGACACCAAUGGAGCCCUCACUUACGGAGGAAUCGAUUCGUCUUUGUACAUCGGCGAAAUCACUUACACACCGGUUACUGCCACUUACCCUGCUGGCUACUACUGGGGCAUCAAUGUCACACAUGCAACGUACGGCUCCGCAACGACCGUUAUUCCAACGUCAACUGCCGGAAUCGUCGAUACUGGCACCACUCUGAUCCUCCUCGCUGAUAACUUCUUCGAGUCCUACUUGCGUGCCAUCCCUGGUGCCAAGAUCGACGAGAGCACGGGCCUUAUGACCGUCCCUGAAAACUCUGUCUCGGAGAUCCAACCAUUGAACUUUACUAUCGGCGGCACCGUCUUCAGUCUCGACGCUGCAGCACAACUCAUUCCGACUGACCAGAACACCGCAUGGGGCUUGUCAGCAAACAAGCAGUACGGCGUUGUCUCAUACUUGGGGACUAACAGUGGUGAAGGGCUAGACUUCAUCAUCGGGCAGAAGUUCAUGGAGAAGUACUAUGCUGUUUUCGACACGGAUAGUAAUCGCGUUGGACUUGCUUAUACGUGA